AAGACACACGGAACCAUGAGAGUCUUUGUUGUCUUCUGCUUGUGUGCGGUCGCACUGGCGUCCGAGACUGGCACCACGCGUGUCAAGAGAGGAGGAUCACCAUACGACUUCCAUGUCCCGUCGUACCACACCAAAACCAUCAUUCAAAAGGUCCCGGUGCCGUAUCCAGUACCAAAACCUUACACCGUAGUCAAACACGUACCUGUACCCGUAAAGGUGCCCUACAAGGUGACAGUACCACGCCCUUUCCCGGUCGGAGUGCCGAAGCCUUUCCCGGUACCAGUGGAAAGACGCGUACCAGUGCCGGUACCAGUGGAAAAACCAGUGCCUGUGCCGGUACAAGUGCCCGUAAAAAUACCUUAUCCAGUUAAAGUACCCUAUGGGAUUCCAAAACCCUAUCCGGUUGAAGUACCACAUCCAGUCAAAGUGCCAUAUCCGGUGGUAGUUGAGAAGUCUUAUCCAGUUUAUAUUGGUGGCCAUGGUAGCAGUUUUGGGGGUGGUUUCGGCAAAGGAUUUGGCCAUGGAUGGAAUUAAGGGAUCGGUUGAUUAAUCUUUGUACUUCUACAAACAUUUUUUGUAAGUAUUAAUUAAUCUCUGAUAAUUUGUUAGUUAAUAUUUAAUUUUUAUUAUUUUCAGUUUGGGGUGCAAUCAAAUUUGUUGAAUUGUUUUGCGUUACCUGUUGAAUUUUUAUUACUAUUAUUUGUAUGUUAAUAAUUGUUGUGUGGUAAUUAAUAAUAUAAAAUUA